GGGGUGCGGGGCCGCACGGCAGCCGUGUGCCAGCGGGGCACGCCGGUGCGCUGCGGGCAGGCCAUCCGCCUCACGCACCUGGGCACCGGCCGCAACCUGCACAGCCACCGCUUCACCUCGCCGCUCUCCGGGAACCAGGAGGUGAGUGCAUUCGGGGAGGCCGGCGAGGGCGACUACCUGGACGACUGGACAGUGGUGUGCAGUGGGACCUACUGGGCACGGGACGGUGAGGUGCGCUUCCAGCACACCUCCACCGACGUCUUCCUCUCGGUGACCGGGGAGCAGUACGGGCGGCCCAUCCACGGGCAGAAGGAGGUGCACGGCAUGGCCGCCUCCAGCCAGAAUAACUACUGGAAGGUGAUGGAGGGCAUCUUCAUGCAGCCCAGCGAGGCUUUCCAAAUGGAGCAGUACCAUGCUGAGUUGUGAGGGACAGACAGACUGAUGCUGAGCCUCUGGGCGCUGCUCUGCUGUUUUUGGGACUGCUGAGUGCAGGGCAUGGCUCCUGUCCCCACCCUGGGACUGACACACACCACUGACACAGGGCCCAAGCACAAAGCAGAUCCCAGUGUCCUCAAUUCCAUGUGGAGCAGAUUCUGUUGUCCCAAAUCUGACACUAAACACGUUCCAGUGUCCAGACCUGACCCCAAAGCAGCUGCCAACAUCCUAAAACCACUACAAAGCAGAUCCCAAUGUCUAGACCUGACCCACAACAGAGCCCAACAGCCUAGAUUGGCACAAAGUGGGUCCAAAAGUCCCAAAUUAGCACAAAGCCAAGCCAAACAUCCAGACUUGACUUAAAAUAAAUUCCCAAACUCCUAACCUGUCCCUUUGCAGCCCACUCUGUCCAAGGACCCACCCCUUAAAGGAUUGCUAUCCCUGGGAGCUGUACCCCUUGCUGUACCCCAAACUGCUCCUCGUGCCCUGCAAGGAGCUGGGGCCAUAAAAGUGCUGAACUCUG